UGUCAACAUGAAACCUUGACUAACCUAAUUGAGUCUGGGUUGAUGCCAAGUGGACAAAGUGAAUUAACAGUGCAGUCAUUAUUUAAAGUUAAGGGGCAGAACAGGCUGCCCUCUGGAGGGCUAAGCUUGUAUCCGGAGGACAACCUUGCUUCAACACUUACGAGAAGAGUUUCCUGGACCAGAACGCGACCCCGGGCCACAGCUCUCUGAGGACAACAGCUCUGGACAGGUUCGCUUUGAUCUCCGCCAACAGCUGCGUGGCCUCCUUGUCCAACCGGUCGGAAUAAGAUUUCAUUCGCACCAACUGCUAUUUCUUUUGGAUGCUUCAACAACAAAUGACUGAGGAAGCUGGCCAGAUACCAAGGUGAGAAGGAAACAAGGAAAUAAGGACAUAAGGAAGAGGAAAAGAAGACAGACAUUCCAUCACAGCCCCCGUGGAGCUGCAGCAGGGACGAGCCUACCAGCCGUGAUUUCUAAUCGUGGAGAAAGGCAGACCAGUAAGGAGUACGCAGGAAUGAGUCCGCUGAGAGGUUUUCCCUGGCUUUUGUUAUUCCUCUAUGCAGCAGCUGUGUGUGCAGGUGUGGGUGGUGCAAAGGUCGACAAUGUGUCAUCAGAAAUCUGUCGUCAUCCAUGUGAGGAGCUGGUGGGCUUGCUCACUGAGAUCCAAGGCCUGCGUAUUGUGACCAGUAACCUGCUUGAAGAUCUGGAGAGAGUAUCAAAAGAAAAUGAAGAGAUGCGCAUAUCUUUGGCUGAGCUGAGCAACAGCAGCAGCAGCCGCAGCAGCAGCAGCCACAGCCGCAGCCGCAGCAACAGCAACAGCUACAGCCGCAGCAACAGCAACCGUAACAGUAACAGCUACAGCAACAGCUACAGCUACAGCCGCAGCAACAGCAACCGUAACCGUAACAGCUACAGCAACAGCAACAGCUACAGCAGCAGCAGCAGCAACAGCAGCAACAGCGGCAGUGGCGAUGGCCGUGGCGAUGGCCGUGGCGAUGGCCUUGGCGAUGGCCGUGUCCAUGGCCGUGGCGAUGGCCUUGGCGAUGGUCGUGGCCAUGGC